ACGAAAACAUUACAGUCGUCAGUCCCGUUCGGAUCGAAUUUGUCACGAAUCUAUAUAUUUUCUCUACAGCUUCCUUUAUGGAGUAUUGAUCGUAAUUCGUGAUUCGCAGAGUUAACAGGACGUAACUCGGUUAUCUAGUUUAGCAAGCUAUGAUAAAAAAAUUUUAGCGAUAACAUUUUCGUCAUGAUAAAAUAUAUUAUAGUAUUAUAAUAUUAUACUCCAAAGACAAUUGUUUUGUCAUGGUUAUCGUAAAUUUUACAUAUUGUAUUUUGCAUUCCGUAUUCACUAUUCACCAUUCAUUUUUUUUUUAAUCGUCGUGCUAAGUAAUCACUGGCCACUACUCAUUACUCAGGCAAUUAUACUAUUCUGUGAUUAUAUCUUAGAUUCUUAGUCUGUGAAGUUGUCAUUUCAUUUCGGGAUACAUAGAUUGAAUUUCGAGAGUUCCGACCGUUUCGCCGAUAUGAACAGUUUGCGAUUAUUCAGACGUUUAUCCAGCACCGUGUCGCGCUCCAGCAAGAACGAACGCGCCAUCGUUGUCACUGAUGAUGCGUCAACCAUAGUGUGUUAUCAUCCGGAGAGUUCUUUCCCAUACGAGUGCACCAAACCAUUACCAGUCAACAAAGUGCAGGACAACUCAGUGUUAAAAGUUCAAAACAAAGACUUUGUGCAUGAAGUAUUCAGUAAGCCCAAUAAUGAAAUAGUGCAACAAGAACUUAUGAAAAUGACGUACACCACAAAACACCGAUGGGUGCCACCCAAAAAAUGGAAAAGAAACUUUGCUCAUCAAAAACUUGUAGACAGAGAAUAUUUAUAAUCUGAUAUAAUUAUGUUUAUUGUUUUUAAAAGCAAACUAGGCUCAUGUUUUUAGUAUAAGAGUAUACAAUAUAAAAUUGUUUUGUAAUGAUUUUUUGAAUAAAAAUUGUAUAAUAUCAA